AAAAAAAGCAUUUCUUUUCCAACAAGAAAACCUAUUAGCUUCCCCUGCUUUCCUAUUUAAUAACCCCAUAAAUCCUCAGAUCUCCCUCACGCCAGUUUCCACAAAGCCAAAUUUGCCAUUGUGCUCUACUCUAAUUUCAAUCCAAUCCAAUCCACUUCAUUACGCCCAGCCAUGAGUAACCAGGCUGAAUCUUCCGACUCGAAAGGAACAAAGAGGGAUUUCAGUACUGCGAUUUUAGAGAGGAAGAAGUCGCCCAAUCGGCUCGUUGUCGAUGAGGCAAUCAACGAUGAUAAUUCCGUCGUGGCCCUACACCCGGAAACCAUGGAAAAGCUUCAGCUUUUCCGCGGCGACACCAUCUUGAUUAAGGGAAAGAAAAGAAGGGAUACAAUUUGCAUUGCCCUUGCUGAUGACACUUGUGAUGAACCAAAGAUUAGGAUGAACAAGGUCGUCAGGUCAAACCUCAGGGUUAGGCUUGGAGAUGUGGUUUCCGUGCAUCAGUGUCCUGAUGUCAAGUAUGGGAAACGUGUUCACAUCCUUCCCAUUGAUGAUACUGUUGAAGGGGUUACUGGAAACCUUUUUGAUGCUUAUUUGAAGCCCUAUUUCUUGGAGGCAUAUCGUCCUGUCAGGAAGGGUGACCUCUUCCUUGUAAGGGGAGGAAUGAGAAGCGUAGAAUUCAAAGUGAUUGAAUCUGACCCCGCUGAGUAUUGUGUGGUUGCACCUGAUACUGAAAUCUUUUGUGAGGGAGAACCAGUGCGAAGGGAGGAUGAAGAUCGGUUGGAUGAGGUUGGUUAUGAUGAUGUUGGAGGAGUUCGUAAACAGAUGGCUCAGAUUCGUGAACUGGUAGAGUUGCCUUUGAGGCAUCCACAACUCUUUAAAUCAAUUGGUGUGAAGCCCCCAAAAGGAAUUCUGCUUUAUGGUCCUCCAGGAUCUGGAAAGACCUUGAUAGCCCGAGCUGUGGCUAAUGAAACUGGUGCUUUCUUCUUCUGCAUUAAUGGACCUGAGAUCAUGUCAAAGCUGGCGGGAGAAAGUGAAAGCAAUCUCAGGAAAGCAUUUGAGGAAGCCGAGAAGAAUGCCCCAUCAAUUAUUUUUAUCGAUGAAAUUGAUUCUAUUGCUCCUAAGCGUGAGAAGACGCAUGGAGAAGUUGAGAGAAGAAUUGUCUCUCAGCUCUUGACGCUUAUGGAUGGGCUUAAGUCCAGAGCCCACGUUAUUGUCAUAGGUGCUACUAACCGUCCCAAUAGCAUUGAUCCUGCCCUGAGAAGGUUUGGGAGAUUUGACAGGGAAAUAGACAUCGGUGUUCCAGAUGAAGUUGGGCGGCUUGAGGUUCUUCGCAUUCACACAAAGAAUAUGAAGCUUGCUGAAGAUGUUGAUUUGGAAAGAAUUUCCAAGGACACCCAUGGUUAUGUUGGUGCUGAUUUAGCAGCUUUGUGUACUGAGGCUGCACUCCAGUGCAUCAGGGAGAAAAUGGAUGUGAUUGACCUGGAAGAUGAUUCUAUUGAUGCGGAGAUACUCAACUCCAUGGCCGUCACCAAUGAGCACUUCCAGACUGCACUUGGGACAAGCAACCCUUCUGCUCUCCGAGAAACUGUGGUUGAAGUUCCAAAUGUCAGCUGGGAUGAUAUUGGAGGCCUUGAGAAUGUUAAACGAGAGCUUCAAGAGACUGUUCAAUACCCAGUGGAGCAUCCUGAGAAGUUUGAGAAAUUUGGAAUGUCCCCCUCAAAGGGAGUUCUUUUCUACGGCCCACCAGGCUGUGGCAAAACUUUGCUGGCAAAGGCUAUUGCAAACGAGUGUCAAGCUAACUUUAUUAGCAUUAAGGGUCCUGAAUUACUUACCAUGUGGUUUGGAGAGAGUGAGGCCAACGUCAGAGAAAUUUUUGACAAGGCUCGCCAAUCUGCUCCUUGUGUACUCUUCUUUGAUGAAUUGGAUUCAAUUGCUACUCAGAGAGGAAGUAGUGUAGGAGAUGCUGGAGGUGCUGCUGAUAGGGUUUUGAAUCAGCUGCUAACUGAAAUGGAUGGAAUGAAUGCAAAGAAAACUGUUUUCAUUAUUGGUGCCACCAACAGACCUGAUAUAAUUGACCCUGCACUUUUGAGGCCUGGACGACUCGAUCAGUUGAUUUAUAUCCCUCUUCCAGAUGAAGAUUCUCGCCAUCAGAUAUUCAAGGCGAGCCUCAGGAAAUCGCCUGUUUCUAAAGACGUAGACUUGAGAGCUCUAGCCAAGUAUACCCAAGGUUUUAGUGGAGCUGAUAUUACAGAGAUAUGUCAACGUGCCUGUAAAUAUGCUAUCAGAGAGAAUAUUGAAAAAGAUAUUGAGAGGGAGAGGAGGAGGAGAGAUAAUCCUGAGGCAAUGGAGGAGGACGUGGAUGAUGAAGUUGCUGAAAUCAAGGCUGCUCACUUUGAGGAAUCCAUGAAGUUUGCUCGUAGGAGUGUCAGUGAUGCAGACAUACGUAAAUAUCAGGCAUUUGCUCAAACCUUGCAGCAGUCUAGAGGGUUUGGUACCGAAUUCCGAUUCUCUGAGACCAGUGCAGGUGCUACAGGCGCUGACCCUUUUGCAGCAUCGGCUGGUGGAGCUGAUGAAGAUGACCUUUAUAGUUAGGUUGUCUUAGUUAAUUUAUUCUAUGUUGAAUGUGAUAUGGUACUUUUGUACGUUAUUGAAUCUCCCCUGUAAAAUGGCUUAAAAAAUCUUAAAUUGGGUACUUAUUCAGCUAAAAACUUUGGGUUGGGUGGUUUGAGGUCUAUAUUCCUGACCUCCCCACCCCAAAAACCUCGUAACUGUUCUUUUCGGAUGAUUAUAGCGGAUUAUUAUCGAAUGCUCCAUUUUCAUUUUAAUA